CCACCUCCAAAAACCAAUCCUCAACUCAGUGUUCUCUUAUCUCCAUCAACCCCACCUUGUUUGUCUUCUUCCCAGUUCUCUAUAAAGUCGCCAUUCUCUUUUGGCUCUGUCCUUUUUCUCUCUAAGUUUUGUCCAAAACUCUCCUCUGUAGCUCUUGGAGCCCAAGAAUUUCUGAGGGGUGGAAAAAACAACCUUAACCAUGGAGAUAACCAAUGUUAUGGAGUAUGAGGGCAUUGCCAAGCAAAAGUUGCCCAAGAUGGUUUUUGACUACUAUGCAUCAGGUGCAGAGGACCAGUGGACUUUGGCAGAGAACAGAAAUGCUUUCUCAAGGAUCUUGUUUCGACCCCGUAUUCUUAUUGAUGUAAGCAAGAUAGAUACGACCACCACUGUCUUGGGCUUCAAGAUAUCAAUGCCCAUCAUGAUUGCUCCAACAGCCAUGCAGAAAAUGGCUCACCCUGAAGGAGAGUAUGCAACUGCUAGAGCCGCAUCAGCAGCCGGGACAAUCAUGACAUUGUCCUCCUGGGCAACUUCCAGUGUUGAAGAAGUUGCUUCAACCGGACCUGGAAUCCGCUUUUUCCAGCUUUAUGUGUACAAGGACAGGCAUGUAGUUGCUCAACUUGUGAGGAGAGCUGAAAGGGCUGGUUUCAAGGCUAUAGCCCUUACAGUCGAUACCCCGAGGCUGGGUCGCAGAGAAGCUGACAUCAAGAACAGAUUUACCUUACCACCAUUUUUGACACUCAAGAACUUUGAGGGAUUGGACCUUGGCACGAUGAAUAAAGCUGAUGACUCUGGACUAGCUUCAUACGUUGCUGGUCAAAUUGAUCGUUCUCUGAGCUGGAAGGAUGUGAAGUGGCUUCAGUCAAUCACCUCACUGCCAAUCCUAGUGAAGGGUGUCCUCACUGCGGAAGAUACAAGGAUAGCCAUACAAGCUGGAGCAGCUGGUAUCAUCGUCUCCAAUCAUGGUGCUCGCCAACUUGAUUAUGUCCCUGCCACAAUCAUGGCUCUGGAAGAGGUUGUGAAAGCUGCACAAGGCCGUGUGCCUGUGUUCUUGGAUGGUGGGGUUCGCCGUGGAACCGAUGUCUUCAAAGCCUUGGCACUUGGAGCCUCUGGCAUAUUUAUUGGAAGGCCAGUGGUGUUCUCAUUGGCUGCUGAAGGCGAAGCUGGCAUCAGAAAAGUACUUCAGAUGCUGCGCGAAGAGUUUGAGUUAACCAUGGCAUUAAGUGGCUGCCGCUCACUAAAAGAGAUCACUCGCGAUCACAUCGUGACUGAAUGGGACGUUCCUCACCCUCGCCCUGCGCCAAGGUUAUGAAAACAUACUCAAAACGUAAGCAAAUCACCGCUACUUGAAGAUCACUGAUCGAUUAUGUGCUCAGAAGCAUGAUUUUCGUUUUGGAGAACUCAUUAAUGUUUCAGUGAGUCUAAAUAUAUCUUGAACAUGUUAAGCUUUUCAAUAAUGAUGGAUGAACUGCUGUCGCUGUAUAUUCUUUCUUUCUCGAAAUUAUAUGUUCAUGUAGCUGGCUCAACUUCUUCCAAUAAUGUGUGAUGAUCUUGCUGCAA